GUUUCAUGCGUAAUUUUUCUAGAGUCAUGCUUGCUCGGUAUUCUCGAUUUAUUCUUGGAAAAGCGUUUAUCCCCAAAAAACUGUAUGAUUUCAGAGAAUUUGUGCAUUGAUCGUGUGACUUUGACAUCAUGUUCAAAAAAUUUGAUGACAAGGAAAGCGUGUCUGGAGUCAUUCAGCUGAAGUCUUCAGUGCAGAAAGGCAUUCGUAACAAACUCAUGGAAGAUUACUGCUUCAUCGAAGACUACAUAGACCUUAUUCUCCCGAAGAAGGACUCGUUUCGCAUCGCCCGGUGUCAUGAUCAUAUAGAAAUAUUGAUAAACUCGGCUGGAGACCAGUUAUUUUUCAAGCACCGCGACUCUCAGUGGAUGCCUUCUUUGCGUUUGCUCCACAAAUAUCCGUUCCUUUUGCCCUGGCAGCAAGUUGACAAAGGUGCAAUAAAGUUCGUCCUCAGUGGGGCAAACAUCAUGUGUCCUGGUCUAACCUCGCCUGGUGCAAAGAUGACUACUUCUCCAGAAAAUGCAGUAGUGGCAAUUAUGGCGGAAGGGAAGGAGCAUGCUUUAGCCGUUGGAGUUAUGAAAUUGUCGUCUGGAAAAAUCUUGGAGGUGAACAAAGGCAUCGGUGUAGAAAAUUAUCACUACCUCAACGACGGCUUAUGGAAUAUGAAACCCAUCAAGUGAAUCUCGAGGAGAUCGAACCUGUGAUGAUUUUUCUGAUUGCGAUUAAAAUGGCGCAAAGCA